UCUGCAGGAGGUUCCUUCACACAGUUCCGGUUUGCUGACGAGAAAGAGUGGGCUAGAGAAAGCGUGUGCCAUGAGCAGUUUUCUGCAUUUUCUAUUGACUGCCAGUCUUUGGUCCAAGCCCUUCAGGAGUUGCCUCUCCACGUGAGGUUGAAUGUAGCUGCUGAACUUGUGCAGGCAUCCACACCUGUAGAGCUCCCACAGAUGAAAUCUAAAAUCAUUGAAGACAGCAAGAGGAGAGAGUUUCUGUUCCGACAGCCUCAGGCUCAAAGUCAAACGGUGCUGGUCUCCCAUCCCGUUGGUGAUUCUGUUGCUCCGUCAAAGCCUGGAAGUAAAAACGGUCCUAGGACAAGCGCAGCAGAACCACUUCAGAGAGCUCAUCCAUUAUCAAAGCAAGAGACUGACCAUUUGGAAGAAGAACUAGAUCUUCUCCUAAAGCUAGAUGCUCCCAUUGGUACAGAAAACAGCCCUGUGUCGGAUGCAUUACCCUACAACGCAUCAACUGAGAAAGAUUUGGAAAUGGGUUGUAAGGAGAAUGACCCUGUAAAACCAGAUAUGCCUGAGGAGAAGAGUACAGUGUCACAGCCACAGCAAAGUGCAUCUAAAGAUCUUACUGAGGAAGAGCUUGAAGACUGGCUGGACAGCAUGAUAUCCUGA